ACAGCCGUCGGUUAGGUACGUUACAUUCGGAUGACAUUGUCAUUUAUUUCAGUACAUUAACCACCAAAUACUUUCGAGAACAACCGUACAGACGUGUGAGCAGGCGCUGUUAGCGGGUGGCCGUGUACUGGACUCCAAAACACGGCGUACGAACGGACAAACACCGGCGUGUUUCUGCGUCACCCGGUGUCAACAAACAAGCUAACGCUAACGCGCUAAUGAGUAGCUAGCCGGUUUCCCCGUUUAACGACGCUCACGGUUCAUGACUGUCGAGGAACGGCUCGCGGACUAACGGAAGUCAUGGCAGAGCUCGGCAUCAACGCAGGAGACAAGGUGCUGCUGGUCUGGGCCCAGCCCUCGGCACCAGCAGCCCUGAAGCAGUACGCGGAGGAACUGGGCGCCAUUGUUGGUGCUGGCUGCCAAGUGUCGGUGGAGAACAUGGAGAGAUUACUGCUGUCCUCCCACCCAGCCUCCACCUUUGACUGGGUGCUGUCCUGCCUCCUGGCUGACAGCUCCUCCAUCCACAGCUCAGAGGCUCUGGCUGAAAUGGCCCGAGUGCUCAAACCUGGCGGGAAGCUGGUUCUGGAUGAAGCAGUUACAGGAGCUGAGGCGCAGAGUGUGAGGACUGCAGAGAAGCUGGCGUCGGCUUUGAAGUUGUCAGGCUUCAUGUCGGUGACGGAGGUCAGUAAAGCAGAACUGAGUCCCGAGGCCUUGAGCUCCCUCAGGACGACCACUGGUUACCAAGGAAACACUCUGUCUAGAGUCCGCAUAUCUGCCUCUAAACCUACCUUUGAGGUGGGAUCAUCCAGCCAGAUUAAACUUUCAUUUGGGAAAAAGCCAGCAGAGAAACCAGCUCUGGAUCCCCACGCUGUCAAAAUGUGGACGCUGUCAGCCAACGACAUGGAUGAUGAUGAUGUGGACCUGGUGGACUCCGAUGCUCUGCUGGAUGAGGACGACCUGAAGAAGCCAGACCCGGCUUCUCUUAAAGCACCCACGUGUGGAGAAGGAUCCACCAAGAAAAAAGCCUGCAAGAACUGCACGUGUGGCCUCGCUGAGGAGCUGGAGAGUGAUGGAAACCCGAAGACUAAUCUACCAAAAUCGGCCUGUGGGAGUUGUUACCUCGGCGACGCCUUCCGGUGUGCCAGCUGCCCGUACAUGGGGACGCCGGCGUUCAAACCGGGGGAGAAGAUCGUGCUGGACAGGAAGACGCUGACAGACGCUUGAAACACUGGAUUUCACACCCGCUACUCGCUUCAAAAUAUGACAUUCCUUUUCGUGAGCUGCUUUAUUUUUUCUUCCAGCGGAGGUCAUUGCAGCAGGAUCUCUGCCCCGUUGUCUCCUCUGUGAUGGUGAUGUCAUGUUAACUGGGAGCUUCUUCAUCUGAAAGUCUGGUUGAAGAUGGGUGGGGGGGAAAGUGCACCGUCAUCGCAGUUUGACUCCUGCUGUUGUAAAUGAGUUUCCAUGAAGGGGGGUGGGGGUUAGUACAGAGAACUGAUAUGCAUUUGUUUUCAUAUCUCACACACUUACAUUAUAAAGAAAAGAAAAAAUAUAACCGUCCAUUUCAUGAUUAUGUAUGUUAAUGUUUGGCAAUACAACGCGUUUCGUUUCAGCACAAUAAAGUAAAGCCAGACUUCUGUUCAAAGGCAA